AUGUGCAUCACCGGAGAACAACCUUACUAUUUGGGCACCGCAUCAUUACGUGUAGUCUCUGACCUGGUGCAAGAAAAGGUUGCAACACGACACAUGGCAGAUCUGUGGAAUGAGAUUAUGGCCCAAGAACCAGCCUCUACCCGUGGCCAUCUUUUUGAAUCAUACGUCCGGUCCCCCUUUGCUCGCGAAUCUAAAAAGUACAGAUGUCGGGCUGCAGUUGGAAAAAGCCACAGAGACUAUGGCGUCUUCUUUGACCUGGAGUUGGGAGGGUGCACGGCCACAUGGAUACGCCGGACCAACAACAUGAUUGGAGAUUGCAAGAACGGAGACGACAGAGGCAUUUUCUACUCUUUCAAUGAAAGCGAACCCAUGAUGGAUUUCAUGUACAAGCGUGGCAACGAAUACUAUGCAAUUCAGGUUACCAUUGGCCGGACACAUGACUGCGACAGCGGCAAGCUGGACCGCUUCUUGGGUGAACUCGAUCCUUCAAAACAACCAGAAAUUGAACUUGGUCUAUGCAGUACCCAACGGGACAUUCAGCAACUUCACCACAAGUCAUGUAAACCCAAUAGUCAACAUGAACCCUGCUGGCAGAUGUAA